AAUGUCUAGACCUAGACUACCAACUGUUCAUAAUGAUGCAUCUUUAAAUAAAGAGCCAAUUGAGAUUGUAUAUGCUAUAGCAAAUAGAUAUCAUACAGAUUGGGGAUUGAAAGAAAUGCCUGAUAUGAAAAUAUAUCCAGAUGUCUGCAAGGUUAAAAGAUUAACUAGUAUUAAGAGUGAACAUAACUUUAGCCAAAUCUGUCAAGCCUCCAAAAAGAGGAACUUUUAUUGAAGAUUUAUAAAAUUAUCAUUCAAAACUUCCUGGACCUAAAUAUGAAUAUUAAUCAUUUUGGUCAGAGGCAAAAGAGUAAAAGAAAACAAAAGAAUCAAGCAAAUAUGUUGAAUAAAAUUAAAGGAAAACAAUUAUCUCUGAUAUUAUAACAGAUGAAAAACGAUAACCAAAACCGGGACCUGCUGAUUAUAAUAAAGAGUUCAAACCAAAAAGUAUAGAAAAUGAAUCUAUUAUUUCUUAGAGAUUGAAGUAUGUAUUAAAUAUUAAAUAAAUAAGAACCUAACAUAGAACUAACUAUUUUGAAGAUCUUAUAAGUUAAUAAAUAAAUAUACCAGGACCUGGAGCAUAUAAUACUCCUUCAAGAGUAGUUAGUGAACAUGUAAUUAAAAAAACGAAAUCUAAAUCACCUGUAGUUCAUUAUCCUGGUCCAAAUAGUUAUUCACCAGAUAAUCCUACUUAUUUUACAUUUGAUAAAAAGUUCAAAGAAUAAUCAAUCAGCAAAAAACCAAUUAAAAAUCUUAAAAAAUAAAAUAAUAGUAAGCCUGGUCCUGUUCUUGGAUAAUCUGAUUGGAAUAAAGGAUGGAUGUCGAAAGUUAGCAAAGCUCCUUAAUUCUCCAUAUAUUAUGAUCAUUGA